GUGUGUCUGUUUGUUCUCACUUCUUGAACUACCACGACAGCUUCGACCAGCUCCAGCCAACGCAGAGAGCUCGACCGGACAUUUGGAGGGCUAGAAUACAGAAGCCCCAGCGUGUAUGACAAGACUCAUCGAGUGUCUCGAGCCAUGUCCCGCGUGUACGUCGCAGACGAUAAGAAAGGUGUCACGGAGAAGGUUAUGUCGUUGUUUGAGGAAGCUCUGACGAAACCGCGAACUACGGCAGAGGGCUUCUUCACGGUUGGACUUUCCGGAGGCAGCGCCGUCGGCAUCACCAUCCAAGUACUCAAAGAAUUGGGGAUCGAUGAUUUCCAGAAAUGGCGGUUCUUCUUCUGCGAUGAACGGGUGGUCCCAUUCGACCAUCCGGAGUCAACGUUUGGUGCUUUCCGAGCUUUAAUCCCGUCUGUUCCCGGUCUGAAUGAAGCAUUCUUCGUGACCAUCAACCCGCAGCUGCCAUUGGAAGAAUGUGAACGAGAUUACGCGCUCAAAAUGAAGCAAUUCUUCAUGACCCGCAAAGUACCUGAUCUAGACGUUUGUGUUCUGGGGAUGGGCCCAGACGGUCAUACUUGUUCACUUUUCCCCAAUCACGAACUCCUCCUAGAAACGAAAAAAUGGGUCGCGUCGAUAGCAGAUUCCCCCAAGCCUCCGCCGCAGAGAGUGACUUUUACCCUCCCGGUGUUGAACGCUGCGAAAAACGUGAUUUUCAUCGUAACUGGGGAAUCGAAAGCCUCACCGCUCCGAAAUAUUCUGGCAGGGCUUCCAGAUAACCCGUCAUUGCCCGCUUCAUUAGUUCAUCCGAGUCCUGGAAUUCUGCACUGGGUUUGCGAUAAACCAGCGGCAGCACUCUACAUGAAAGAGCUUCAAUGAGAGCCGAAUGUCGCUGAAGACUUUGUUGGGCUUCUUAAGAGCUAGUGCGGAACCAGAGCUCCAAUGGAGGUGUUCUAUUCUUUGCAUGGCCCAUGGUGACCGACGAGAGUGAAGCUUAGAUGGAAUUGAGGUGUCUGGGUGUUGAAGCAAAUGACGAUCAAGUACGUUCAUGGCAAACAUAUCCCCACACCUAGUGAAAACGAGAUCGAAGUAAUUCCGACGACGGUUGUUCAGAUCAAUACAUACAAUAUCACAAAGCGAAUGUUUUCUCGAAUUCGGUGGACACUCGGAAAAUACCGCAGACACCGCACGAAGCGGAAGAAGUCAGAGGAAAGAGCUGCCGACAACAAAGAGAACACUUCCACUCCGGCUACGGCGGACUGGAGGUAGUGGGCCUAUACAUAUAUGAUUCGUGGUGAUGCCAUUGAUGGGAAUCGCCUGCGACAAUUUGUGAUAAAAUAAAAUAUAUAAAAAAGUUAUGCUUCCGAUUUGGGAAUGGAA